AAAGGUAUCUCCCCCCCCCCCCCCCCGCCCAUCACCAUCACCAUAAACGGGGGGUUCACAGCGGAUGUGGUUUUGGUGACUUUUUGUUUUCCCGGCAUUCGCUGACGACGUGCGUGUGCGUUCUUACCUGGGCGCGUGCGUCGUCGGAGCAGGCCCGCCGGUGUCGGUGGCUUUCCGCGCCGCCGCUUUGCUUUUAUAGCCUGGCAAAGGCCGAGCGCGCCAAAAGAAAACGCAGCGUCAUCGUCGCGGUAAAGCCUGGAAAGCCCACGCCCGAAGCCCCCCGUAAGCAAUUUGGCGGCAAAGGAAAGCGCUGACGCUGCCUUUGGGGAAUGUGAAGGCCCGUUGAGGGCCCGGGGCGAGGGUGGGGGCUGCGCCACAAUGAGCUCAUCUCUGUCACCCGCAAAAAAACAAGCACUGUCGUGUCGAGUCAAAACAUGGCUGAGUCGGUCCGCUCGCUUAAAUUGGGAUUUUUAUUAAGCGGACCGAGUGGGUUCCAAACAAUGUCCACGGUGUAUCGUCCUGCACUGAUAAGGGAAUCGGCAGAAAGCUGCGUUUGGAAUCCUUCACCCGUUCUUGACUACAUAACUUCUUUUUGUAUGCCAAAGUUCCGCACGGAACGGUACAUGCAGCAUUUCCCCGUUGACUUUACUCGACGUUGUUGCCUCGAGGUACGACUGACGACCUCCUUCAGCUAAAGCUACCUGAGGACGCGCUAUUUGGCGAGCUACAUCCAUUUUCAACAGGAUCGGGGGGCGGUGGAGGCGUUAGGGCACUACUCCCUGAACCGGUCGCCGCUCGGUCGCAGGGCACAUAUAGACGGCGACGCUGAGCGGGAACUGAAGCCACGCUGCCCGCACCAAAGUCAGACCAGUGUCCCGCUACGUCAUCAGUGACUUUGGCUAGCUACUAGGCCAUGCUGAUAGAGUUUCCUGGCUGGCGUUUGGCUAACUGGCUUCAGGAACAUGCUAACUACUAAGCUAACAGGGGCGAUCUCUGGCAAGAUGGCCCGAACUGACCUUUAACCCUUGUCUAACGGCCUAAUGCACAGUGUUGUUGCUACGCUAAAUGCUAAUGGUCUUCCUGCGGACAGAUUAGGAAUUUUAGUGGAGAUGCGAUGGUUGCCGAUACGCAGUACAGAUGGGAUUAACGUGAUGUGUACGAGAAGAUCGGGCGGCAACUCAUCUCGCCGGGCCGUGUGGUCUGAGCCGCGCCCGACCAACGGAUGGAUGGACGAAAACCAAAUGAAAGCGUCUCGUGGGACUAUCUUUUACAUCUGUUUAAGAAGGGCACAGUAUGUGUAAAUCAUCUCGAGAAACACUUCAAGAGGGGGACAGCUGGUGAUUUGGAAGCGUGUGGACGUCGCCAUCCGAUGAGCGAAAGGAGGCGGCGAUCCCAGCCAGACUUGACACCCAACGUGUCAUCGUACGAGACAAGAUGACACACCACUGCACCAAGUACUCCGGCCACUGGAAGAUCCUCGUCUUCGACGAGGAAUGUUUCCAGGGCCGCCGUCACGAGUUCACGUCGGAGUGCGGCAACGUGAUGGAGCUCGGCUUUGAGACGGUGCGCUCGCUGCGCGUGGAGAGCGGCGCCUGGGUGGGCUACGAACACGCCUCCUUCCAGGGGCAACAGUUGGUUCUGGAGCGGGGCGAGUACCCCCAGUGCGACGCCUUCGGGGGCAGCAACGCGUACCACAUCGAGAGGUUGACCUCCUUCAGGCCCAUCGCCUGCGCGAACCACCGAGAGUGCCGCAUGACCAUCUUUGAGCGGGAGAACUUCCUGGGCCGGAAAGGUGAGCUGAGCGACGACUACCCGUCCCUGCAGGCCAUGGGCUGGUGCAACAACGAAGUGGGAUCCCUCAAAGUCCAGUCGGGAGCGUUGGUGUGCUACCAGUACCCCGGUUACCGUGGUUACCAGUACAUCAUGGAGUGCGACCGCCACUGCGGGGAGUACAAACACUUCAAGGAGUUUGGCGCGCACUGCCAGACGCCCCAGAUCCAGUCCAUCAGGCGCAUCCAGCAGUAGCGGGGACCUUCGCAACGCACUUCCCCUUUGCUCAAUUCACCAUCGCAAUAAAAACACUCCAACAGACCUCAAAGAUCGUCAUUGGUAAAAAGUCAGUCUCUCGACAAAAUCUCACAAGUAUGAAUGUUUUUUUUUUUUGAAUUUUAAAACCGAUUGAGAUGUGUUCUAUCGCCAGUAGAUGCACAACACAAAUAAAAUGGUCUAAAUACUAAUCCAUUUCAUAUAAUAAUGCAAGAUGGAGGAAAAGACAAUACACUUGCUCUUCUAAGUACUGUUGAUUGAGGAACAAAGACACAUUUUCUGAACAUAAGCCAGUAUUAAUAUGAUGUUAGCUUGUUGCACGAAUAUAUGACAACCUAUGUGAAUGGAAAAUGUUUCUGAAAGUGGGAA